AUGGCAACUGAGGAAGUACCUGAAGUCUCGUCCAUCACCUCCAAGAGCGAUGCCGAUGCUGAAGUCUUCCAACUUGAAGCACUUUCCUUAAAUUACCUACGAAGCCAAAAUAUUUCAGUAAUUCCGGAUGAUGACCAUAUACCAAAACUUCGUCCGUGCAAGCUCUGCAAUAAAGCUAUAUUUGGAUUCCGAUUAGAAGCUUUCACGGCAUUACACUGUGGGCACUUGUUCCAUCGAAUAUGUCUUGAAAUACAUAUUAUUCGGGGUGCGACAAAAUAUCCUACAUGUCCUACUUGCGGAAUCGCUAUUGAGAUUUUUAGAGAAGAAUCCGCACUUGCUUCUGGAAAAUGUGGAGUGAUGCCCAAAGAAAAAGCAUCACAACAAUCUAACGUGACCAUAGACGACGAUGAAGGCGAAUUGGAAUUUAUGCAAGAGAUAGGGUUGAUGGAAAGAGAUGCCUCUUCCGUUUCGGCUGAAAAAACAAAGCAAGUUAUUAUGGAGGAUCAAGCAACAAGCCUGAUUGCAAAUAAUUCUAUAUCUACACAAGAGCAAGCUACAAGUCCUAUUAGCAACAUGAGGAAUGUCACCGUUGAUGCACAAACUCGAACAUCUCGACAAGCUUCUCCCAAGAUUACUCGUGAGCAGGAAAAAUUGCAAGGUUUAUUGCAUGAGUUAUCUACGCCUAUCAAAGGAGAGACCGAUGAGGAUGGCAAUGAAAGUUCUGAGAAUUCGAUGUCGCAGAGUUUAGCCCGAUUAUAUCAAAAAGCAAGUUUAGCGAAGAAACCUCCAUUGGAACAACCAUGA